GCGUGAUUUGCGCAGUUAUCGUUCAGUAGCAGUAAGCAGAAGCUCGAGAACUGCAGCAGAAAGACACACAGAACAUCACUACAUAGAUCAUUAGUAGCCCCGGUGUCUUCAGAAUGAUGUCGGGUGGUCCAGCAGUUCGUGUGAGCAUCGAGUCGUCCUGUGAACGGCAGGUACAGGAAGUGUCUCUGGACGGGUUGGAGACGUACGUCCCGCCACUGUCCAUGUCUCAGAAUCUGGCUAAGCUCGCUCAGAGGAUCGACUUCGGCCAGAGCUCCGAUUCGGAUGAAGAGCGCACUGAAGGAGAGAGCCGGGACGAGUGGAGCAAACUGGAACCAGAGGAGGACGAGGGUACAGUGAAGUUCCAGCCGUCGCUGUGGCCGUGGGACUCUGUGCGUAACAACCUGCGUAGCGCACUAACAGAGAUGUGUGUGCUGCAUGACGUCCUCAGCGUGGUCAAAGAGAAGAAGUACAUGACACUCGACCCAGUGUCCCAGGACCCCACUAUGGCAAAGACUCCGCAGGUUUUCCAGUUGAUCAGUAAGAAAAAGUCCUUGGCCACUGCAGCCCAGCUGCUUCUUAAAGGUGCAGAGAAACUGACCAAGUCAGUGGCAGAGAACCAGGAGCAGCGCAGACAGAGAGACUUUAACUCAGAGCUGCUGCGUCUGCGCUCACAGUGGAAGCUGCGGAAAGUCGGAGACAAAAUCCUGGGAGAUCUCAGUUACCGCAGCGCUGGGUCGCUGUUCCCCCAUCAUGGCACAUUUGAGGUUAUAAAGAACACAGAUAUUGACCUAGAUAAGAAAAUUCCAGAUGAUUAUUGUCCUCUCAAUGUGCAGAUCCCCAGUGAUCUGGAAGGCUCUGCUUAUAUCAAGGUGUCCAUUCAGAAACAGUCACCUGAUAUAGGAGAUCUUGGCACAGUGAAUCUCUUCAGAAAACAACCCAAAGCCAAACCAGGUUCUCAGAUGUGGCAUUUAAAGCUAGAAGCCGCCCAGAACGUGCUGCUGUGUAAGGAGAUUUUUGCUCAGCUCUCACGUGAAGCUGUUCAGAUCAAAUCCCAGAUUCCUCACAUCGUUGUCAAGAAUCAGAUCAUCUCGCAACCGUUUCCUGGUCUACAGCUCUCCAUCUCUCUCUGUCACUCUACUGGAGACAAAAAACACCAGAGAACGUCACCAGACAAGAGCAAACCAGACGACCACCUGUAUGUGUUAGAACACAACCUUCACCAGCUCACACGAGAGUUCCACAAGCAGACGCUGAGUUCAGUGGUGAUGCCUCAUCCAGCCAGCGCUCCGUUCGGACACAAACGCUUGCGCUUAGCAGGACCGAUGGCGUAUGAUAAAGCAGAGAUCAGCUCCCUGCAGCAGAGUGAAGGACUGCUGGAGAAAAUCAUCAAACAGGCCAAACACAUCUUCCUCAGAAGCAGGACGGCACGGACCAUUGACAGUUUGGCGAGUCGCAUUGAGGACCCUCAGAUUCAGGCUCACUGGUCCAACAUUAACGAUGUUUAUGAGUCCAGCGUCAAAGUGCUCAUCACUUCACAAGGAUACGAGCAGAUCUGCAAAUCAAUCCAGCUGCAGUUAAAUAUUGGAGUGGAGCAGAUCAGAGUGGUACACAGAGACGGACGUGUCAUCACGCUAUCACACCAAGAGCAGGAGCUGCAGGACUUCCUGCUGUCACAGAUGUCGCAGCAUCAGGUGCAUGCCGUGCAGCAGUUGGCUAAAGUCAUGGGUUGGCAUGUGUUGAGUUUCAGUAAUCACGUGGGUCUUGGCCCCAUUGAGAGCAUCGGGAACGCCUCGGCCAUCACUGUCGCAUCUCCAAAUGGCGACUAUGCCAUCUCAGUGCGUAACGGUCCAGAGAGCGGCUGUAAGGUUCUGGUCCAAUUCUCUCGGAGUCAGGCUAAAGAUCUGCCCAAGAGUGAUGUGGUGCAGGAUGCUAAAUGGACUCACUUGAGGGGCCCACAUAAAGAAGUGCACUGGGGCCGAAUGGAGGGAAGAAACUUUGUUUAUAAAAUGGAGCUGCUCAUGGCCGCACUGACACCGUGUCCCUGAUUAUAUAAUUACUGUAAAUGGAUGCUUCUUUUGUUCCAUUUCUUAGCUCAAUGUUUCUCACUCCUUCAUGGCGUGUCAGUUUAUUUGAAUGAGAAACAUUUUCCGUAUUAUUCAUUUGACACCAGCACUGCUAACACUGAGGGAUGUCAUCUGCAAAUGAUUCCUGAAAUGAUCCUCAUCUUCAAACAUUGAACUGGCAUGUCAUUUUUCUAGGAAAAGUUUUUGGAAAUAAAAUAUUUGUAUUUUCAACACUGUAUUAACCCCUUCAUUUUUUUAAUGGCAAGCAUGCAAGUAUAGGAAGGUUGUCCAAACACAUAAGGAUUUGUAAUCAUAAAGGAUGAAUCUAAAUAAAAAGAUCAAGGCCAAUAAAUCAGAAUUUAAUGAGUAAUCCUUUACCAUCAAGAAUCAUGCAAUCAACAAAAUAUCUAUAUGCAAUAAUCUAUGCAAGGUUCCCACGGUCAUGGAAAGCCUGGGAAAUUAGCAAAAUCUUAAAGGUAAUGGAAAAGUCGUGUGAAUUUUUUAAGAGUUCAUAUAAAUUUGUCUAGUUAUGUUAUGUUCUGUUCAAAUAUUUCUUUGGCUAGAUAUUGCUUUUACCCCGUUGAGCCACAUUCAAAUUAUUAUUUUUAUUUAUUUUUAUUUUUUUGUCCUCCUAGAUGUUUUUUCAGUAAAAUUAUAAUUGGGUAAAUCUCUUAAAAGGAUUAGUACCUGACAAACCAAUAGAUUUAAACCCAGCAAUAUCGAGAAAGUUUUUUUUUUUUUUUUUUUAAACUCAUCUAUGAAUUACAAAAUGUUAUUGUCAAUAGAUGUGUUAACUCUUUACAGUAAUCUUGAGAAAAUUCUAAAUUACCAAACAUUUUCACAUCAUGCAUAGUACAUAUGUACACAACACAAACACUGCUUUCUUAUAGACACUGUGGCAGUGUCAAAGUACAGCACACUAAAUUUUAUAAAAGCAGCUUAGCACCCACACAAUCCCUGGACAUCCAAGGAUUCCCCCAAAACAAACACUACAGUGUUUGCAGUUAUCUAGAUGACAUUGUAGUGGUUUUCAUUUAGUAGAAUAUACAUGCCACAUCAUUUUCAUACAUUCGAUUAAAACUUCUGACUCAGAACUGAACUGUCCUGUAACUAGAAUCCGUUAUGUGUCAGUCGUAAAUAAGUGUGCCAUAAAUAAUAUAAUGAAUUCAAAUAAAUUAACUUUGCAACUGUACUGUGUUCUUGAUUGUUUUAUGUAAAUUUAUAGCAUACGAAUAAAAAAUAUCCCAGAUUGGGCUAUUACAAAAUAAAUUAACAGAUUGACUUUCUUAAUAUUUAAAUCAAUGCUCAGAAUUUUUCAGUGUUUGCUGUUGUCAAUAUGGCUCCUUCAUCCUGAUCUUAUGCUGUUCAAACACAUUCAGGGCCUGAAAAAAUGUUUUCAUUCACGAAAAAUGUCUAUAAAAUGAAUGCCCUGAUUUGCUAAAGGUUUACAUGAAUAGAUGCACUUGGAAGCUUGAAAGCACUCGUGAGAAAAUAGCUGAUCUACUACCGUACAUGGUUAUUACUCUUAAUUAAUACUUAUCGCCAAAGAGCAGGGGAAUUUAUGAUAAUAUUGGAUUUUAUAAGCAAAUUCUGUAAUUACAUUUAUGAUAAAUGCCUUUACUAUAAAAUAAUAAAAUGGUAUUAAGUGAGAUCCGUAAGUGAGAGGUUGAUCAUUAACCACAUGCACAAGCCUACUUUUUAGGAGGGUGUGUCCAACAUG